AAGAAGAAUAAGAUUUCCUUUUGUUUAUAAAUAAUAAAAUUGAGAAAAGCUAUGAUUUGUAUUUUCGUCUUGGUUUCUCGGUUUAAACAUCUUGGUUUCAAAAAUGGACGUUGACGAAGGUUGUGAAAGAGCUAGAAAAAUUGCAUUGGCAAAAGCAGAAUCAUUUCAGGCACAUAAUUCAUUAGUUCGGCGUCUUGCUAACAUUACACUGGAAACUAAUGAAAUAUUCAGUAAUAACAAUACUUCGUUGACACCCAAUAUCUUGGCCAAACCUUCUGACGGCGCAGAAGAAAAGGUGAUCGAUAAGGAGCUCAGUUCGAGAUUAGAUAAGUUAGUAUUAAACGAAAAUGUCAAGCAAGGCUCAUUCAGAGGAGUUUCAAAAAAAUCCAUAACAAGGCGAGAACACAAAUACAAAAUGUGUUCCAAUCGUUUCAAACGGAUCACAUCUAAAGCGAAGCAAACGAUAUUCUUUCCCGCAGAUCAACAUAUCUGCAGUACCUGCCAGGCAGUCUUUACCACUAUCCCUGAUUUAUCGGAGCAUCGCAAAGCUCACUUGGAAAAACAGGUAUACCAGUGUGAAUUCUGCUGUAAAUUUUUUGUUCAUCGUUCCUCCUUGGUAGCCCACAAGUUUCUCCAUGAAAGGGAAGUACCAUACAUUUGUAGAGUCUGUCAACAAACAUUUUCCUGCGGUUCCGACUUGACGAAGCACUCUGUGAUUCACAGAUCGACCAACAAGCACAGGUGCGAGAUUUGCUCAAAGUAUUACCUUAAUAAAUACUACUUCAUGAUACACUCUGGGAAUUCCAUGGACGACGAGCCUUUCUAUUGUAAAUUCUGCUAUAAGUCUCUGGCUUUAUGUUUAUCUUUGAUCGCCCAUGAGAGUACCCACAUGACAUUCACACCAUACACUUGCCCAAUCUGUUUGGGAUUGUUCGCAAACCACAGUUUGUAUCAGCGGCAUGCCAAGAUUCAUGAAGGAGUAAUGCCUCAGUGUAAAUUCUGUUUGGAAUGUUUUACAGAACCUGAAACUUUGCAGGAUCACUAUGCAAUUCAUAUGGGAGAAGAACCAUAUCAGUGCCAAUUGUGCUCCAAGUAUUUUCCUGAUGGUAUGCGUUUGAUCGCGCAUAAGGUAGGCACAAACGGAGUUUGCAAAGUCUGAUUCAAGUAAAAGUAAGGUAUUCUUCAGUGUGAAUUUGCAAUCAACUGUGAUAUUUUACAUGUUCAAUAGUUUUUAAAUUAAAGAACAAUCUAUAUUUCUAA